AAUAAUAAAUAAUAAUUUCAAAAUAUUUCUUAACCUUAAUGAGCACGAGGUAAGUAAGGGGAAUUGGAGUACUCAAAACUCCUAAAUUUUGUUGUUGUUUGGGGGCACAUUCCUAAACCAAUCUUCAUUAUUAAUUUAGAGGGUAAGUGAAGAAAAUAUUUUGAAUUAUUAUUACAUAAUAAUCACAUUGAACGAAAGGAGGAAGAUUCAAGAAUGAUUCCAAGUAACUUUUGGGAAGAUGGAUGGCCAUUGGCGUGGCGUUGGGCACCCGAAGCGCUAACGGAAGCCAAACAGUUCCGAUAUCACAACCAAGAGGCCGCCACCUCCCAUCUCACAUACACACGCACCGCCACCGACGUGACUGUGGCGCCAUGUGACGUGACAUGAAGUUUCCGUUAAUUAGUCGACCAAAAAGGGCAUUUCCGGCAUCGCAAUGAUAUCUGCCACCGCAUCGUCCGCGCAGAAAUUGCCCAAUUAAAGUUGCCUUUCCAGUGCCUCCGUGCCACUUCCUUUCUCAACGAUUAUUAAAAUCCCACUCCCUUUCACUCUCCCUCUCCCUCCGUAUUUUCCUUUCCAUUUGCGAAUGAGAGGGCCGAACGCACACCCGAUUUUGGCGGCCACACUUCUGAUCGGAGCUCUGUGCAUCAAUGGCGGCGAGCUCUCCGGCGACUACUCCAAGCUGUCCGGGAUCAUAAUUCCCGGCUUCGCGUCCACGCAGCUGCGGGCCUGGUCGAUCCUCGACUGUCCCUACUCUCCUCUCGAUUUCAACCCUCUCGACUUGGUUUGGCUCGAUACUACCAAGCUUCUUUCUGCAGUUAACUGCUGGUUAAAAUGCAUGACUCUUGACCCUUACAAUCAAACCGACCAUCCUGAAUGUAAGUCCCGCCCUGACAGCGGUCUUUCAGCAAUUACGGAGCUGGAUCCGGGCUACAUAACAGGUCCUCUUUCAUCGGUGUGGAAAGAAUGGAUCAAAUGGUGCAUUGAGUUUGGUAUGGAUGCUAAUGCAAUCAUUGCUGUUCCGUAUGAUUGGAGAUUGAGUCCAUCAAAGCUUGAGGAGCGAGAUCUUUACUUCCACAAACUAAAGUUGACUUUUGAGACUGCCCAUAAACUCCGAGGUGGCCCCUCCAUUGUUUUUGCUCAUUCAUUGGGUAACAAUGUCUUCCGUUACUUCUUGGAGUGGUUGAAACUGGAAAUUGCACCAAAAAGAUAUAUGCAGUGGCUAGAUGAACAUAUUCAUGCAUAUUUUGCUGUUGGGUCCCCUCUUCUGGGCUCAGUUGAGACAAUAAAAGCAACACUUUCUGGAUUCACAUUUGGUGUUCCCGUGUCUGAGGGAACAGCUCGUUUGAUGUUCAAUUCAUUUGGCUCUUCAAUAUGGAUGCUGCCAUUUUCAAAGUAUUGUAGGACAGACAAUGUAUACUGGAAGCAUUUCUCUGAUGGAAGCAGAAAGAAUCAUCAUGUGUAUCAAUGUGAUGAACGUGAAUAUAAAUCAAACUAUUCUGGAUGGCCAACAGAUAUAGUCAAUGUUGAAAUUCCGUCAGUGCGUGGAGUUGCUUAUCCGUCAAUCUUGGAUGUAGCUCAGGCAAACUUGUCUACCAUGGAAUGUGGAUUAUCAACUCAGUUAUCCUUUUCUGCUCAUGAAAUAUCAGAUGGGACCUUUUUCAAAGCAAUAGAGGAUUAUGAUCCUGAUAGCAAAAGACUCUUGCAUCAAUUGUACAAGUCAUAUCACGAUGAUCCAGUUCUAAAUCCACUAACGCCUUGGGAUAGACCGCCUUUAAAGAACAUAUUUUGUAUAUAUGGAAUAGAUAUGAAAACUGAGGUUGGUUACUAUUUUGCACCAAGUGGCAAGCCUUACCCUGAUAACUGGAUCAUAACUGACAUCAUAUAUGAGAUUGAAGGAUCACUAUAUUCCAGGUCAGGGAAUCAGAUUGAAGGGAACCCAGGAGCUACUAGUGGGGAUGAGACGGUGCCAUACCAUUCCCUUUCUUGGUGUAAGAAUUGGUUGGGACCAAGAGUGAACAUCACAAGGGCUCCUCAGUUGGAGCAUGACGGCUCAGAUGUACAAGUGCACCUCAAUGUAGAACACCAUCAUGAAGAAGAUAUAGUUCCCAACAUGACAAGGUCACCUAGGGUGAAGUACAUCACCUACUAUGAAGACUCUGAAAGUCUCCCUGGAAGGAGGACAGCAGUUUGGGAGCUUGAUAAGGAGAGAGCACAUGAAAUGAAACCCUUAGCAUACAUGGUACACUACUAUGCAUAUUUUUUUGUUGACAUGGACCUUUAUAUCAACUUAUAUUAAUGAACCUUGCUGCUAACUAAUUGGUUGGUGCUCCAGGACAAGUAAAUGAUAACGAAACUCAUUCCCCCCACGGCCCCAAAAAACAAAAACGAAACAGAACAACAAAAAUUCUCAUAUUUCAGCGAUCCACAUCAUUGACAUCUAAAGAGCUUUUGGUAUGGAGGUGCUUUCUCCUCAGAUGUUGAUAUUUAUGGGUGUUUGGGAGUUACUAGUCAUUAUGCUCCGGAUAUAUUUUUUGAACUUUUCAUAUUUUUUAGGUCUCCUAUGUUGAACAAUCUUAACUAAUCAGUACCAUUGAAAUUGUCUCAGUUUCUUAAGUACUAGCAUCAGAUUGACCUACUGUCCCCGGACAUUUUCAUCAUUAUGAGUCCCUUGCCAUUUUAAAUAUUAAAAAAUAAUGAUUAUGCUCCUAUAGACAUAUAUAGUUCCUUUAUUUCUACCUCAGAGGUAAUGGCACUUUCUCACAAGUAGUUGGAACUGCUUUCAUGUAGCAAAUCACAGGAACAUUGUGAGAUCUCCUGUUCUCAUGCGGGAAUUGUGGCUUGAGAUGUGGCAUGAUAUCCAUCCUGAUGCAAGAUCAAAAUUUGUUACAAAAGCAAAGCGAGGGCCUUUGAGGGAUGGGGACUGUUACUGGGAUUAC